CAGAGGAAACCACUGGUGCAGCAUAGGAGUCAUACCAAGCAUAGCCUGCGUGUCAGUGCAGUCGACUUACAGCUGGCUGUGAGGAGAACUGACGCUACUCUUUUUCUUUUUUUUAUUUUGCUCUUCAUCCACCGCGAUACGCAUAGCCCGUAUUUCAAAAAAAGUGUCCUAAACUCACUAGAAUAACUGGGGGAAUCCGGUUUCCGAUACUCUCCGCUGGGUUUUAUUUUAUUAAGGGGGUUUCUAGAAAACUAAAGUUGGAGGCUGGGCCUUUAGCUUUUUGACCGUCGCCUGUGCGGAGAAGAAAAAAAAAGCUGGUCUUUUUUAUUUUUUGUAAAAACUCGAUAAAUGCUACUAACAAAAAUGGACCUGUUGAACUACCAGUACCUGGACAAAAUGAACAACAACAUCGGCAUCCUCUGCUACGAAGGUGAAGCAGCUUUGAGGGGGGACCCCAGACUCCAGUCCUUGUCCCUAUCCUCGUCCUCCUCCUCAUCCUCCUCUUCGUCGUCGUCCUCCUCAUCUUCCUCCUCCAUCUCCAGCCACAGGACAGGUCCUCCUCCCAUCAGCCCCACCAAGAGGAAGCUGAACGGGGACCAGGGGGACAGCGACAUGGACGACAAUGAGCACGUGGCAAAGAUGAGCCGACUGUUUGCUGCACAGCUGAAACCUAAUGGAGACUAUCGCAGCUCUCCCGUCUCUAAGGACCGGAGCCGGAGCCCCAUCGAACGCGUGGUGGUGCCCAGCGGCCUGGGAGUCCACAGCAACCACCUGUACAGUCACGCCCACCACCACCACCACCACCUGGCCAGCUUAGCCGGCAUGGACCAGCCACUGGCGCUCACCAAAAACAGCAUGGUGGAGUCGGCACGUAGCAGCACAGCAGCUAUGACCACAGUGCCGCACACAGUCAGCGCCGUGGAACGCCAGCAGAAUCGUCCUUCAGUGAUCACAUGUGCUCCAGCCAACAACCGCAACUGCAACCUGUCUCACUGUCCAGUCUCCCACAACGGCUGCUCAAGCCUCACUAAUAACUACAGGAGAAUCAACACCAACACAGCCUGUGACCCAGUGAUUGAGGAGCAUUUCCGCCGCAGUCUCGGGAAGAACUACAAGGAGCCCGAGCCCGCCGCCACCAACUCGGUGUCCAUUACGGGCUCGGUGGACGACCACUUCGCCAAGGCACUGGGCGAGACCUGGUUGCAGAUCAAAAAUAAGGGGAGUCCCUCGUCGUCCAGCAGCAGCCCGAACUCCUCCCCCGACAGUCACAUGGUCAACCACAACCACUCCCCUUCUGUGGUCUCCUGAAGGAGGGGGGAGGGAUUUUAGAGGGAUUCGUCCCCGUUUUUUCCCCCCCAGCCCUCCCAAUCAUCCCAGCUCCAACAUCCAUGCCCCCCCCCCCUCCUCCCGUCCCCGUCACUCCUGGUCUGUCACCAGCAUCCCAGAGGGAAUGCCUGCCUGCUGGUCUGCUAAAACACCCACAACUCUCAAGCCUGCUAUCUGCCUCUAUGCACUCAUAGAGGAUCAAUCAAGCAAUAACAAAAUGGUUGUUUUUUUUCCCACUUCUGUCCUCUGGUAUGCUAAUGCCAGACAAUAAUCAGUAAUGAGUGGUGAGGGCUCGACUUGGGGACUGACCGGAGCAUCAAGCUGCUCCUUCCAUUCAUUCAUCAUCCCUGCAUAUCAAGCUUGGAGCUGAGCAAGUGUCUGUAGUUAUAUGUACAUAAAGAGAGAGAGGAAAGGCGGUGUUUUAAUUAUGAAUUUUCUUUUCUUCUUUGUUUUUUUUGUUUUUGUUUCUUUAACAGUAGUUUUGUGUACUGCUUCUGCAUUAUGAGAUGCCUGACAUUUGUUAGAAAAGAUAAAGACAGAAACACUUUGGAGACAAUAAUAAUCACAAACCACCUGACUGUGCUACCAAAGAAACCGUAGACGCUGAUGUUUAUCGAUGCCCCCCAUCAAAAACAAAACAACAAAAAGCCAUCUUGUAACCCCCUCUGUUUUCUCAUCAUCCUCUCACCUUCCUGCUCUCUCCCUCUAUCUCUCUCCUGCGUACGUGUUCAGGUGAUUUUGUUACUGUAUGUGUAUACUGAAGCGAUAGACUUGGUCUGAUUUGCACUACUGCCAUAGAGGGUAAAGAUUGGCAUGUCAAUAUUGCAACCUGGCACUGCACACACUGGGACUGAUAAAACUGAUUCUGACGCAGACUGAUAAAAUUCCCAUGAGCUCCCAUUAACAGCUAUUUAAAAUUUACUGGGCAUGACUUCAUUCAGGCUAAGACAACACCAAAUACAAACCAGUGGGGCUGGGCAGUACAAAAUGGUUGAGAUAUUUGGAUGCCAUGUGACCCAAUAUAAAAAAAAAUUCUCACAUAGAGAGGGGUGGGUGAAAAAACUUUGCUUGUAUUGUCACUUCUGUCAGGAUUGACUGUCUGAAACCAAGCCAUAUCCUAACUGUUGAUUCAUCACUGGUUUCUGCCUGUGUAAUUAAUAUUACCUUUAACUAAACCAGUCCCUCCCCACCAGCACUUGACAGAGUAUCACAUUGAAGUCACACUCUCCAUCUUAAGGGGAGAGAGGUGAAUUUAAAGACUUUUUUAUAGCAGCUUCACAGUAUUGUCUACAGUCGCCAUCGAAGGUGCGAGGAAAUAUCCAAGCAAGGCAACUUAAAUUCACUCCACUUACAGCUUGUAAUAAUGUGUGUAUUGGAUGCAUUGACCAGAAUGUUUCCUCACCCACCUUUCUUCACCAUUCUGUACAGAUUUAAUUAAUUUAACUUCAUUAAUCCUCAGUAUUUAAAAUAUUACCGUGGUACUGCCCUGCCCGUACACAGCUGGUGUGUAUGAUGAGCUACACAUACAUCCAGUUUGUGAGUUAGCUGAUUGGUAUCGGCUUUAAUAAAUAUAUUGCUGCCCCAACAAAAACACACAACUACUUCACCUGCUUUAAUUGUUGCAUGGUGAUUUUUUUUUUUCUUUUUUACGAGCACAGUCAGGUUAUCAGAUCAGUCAACUGUGGUGUCUAUGGACAUCACAAACCAUGAUGAGACGAGAUUAGGGCUGAAAACAAAGUCGUACAACCUGCAGUGUGUUGGAGAUUGGUCUCUGCUGAACAAAGUGCAUUGAUGUGUUUCACAGGCUUAACUGCUGACAGUGAUGAGGGGAUAUAUGACGCUGCACGUCACUUUGUGGUUGAAAGAAAAAAAAAGUCUGGUUUCUCGACCGGGGGAGAGAAGAUUAUUCAGAUCUCUUCAAACGCGCCUUUGUUUUUGUAACUUCUUUGAACACGGGUGUUGUAAUUAUAUUUGGCUUACACCCUGCUAUCCCUCCCUUCCUCCCUCCCUCCCUCCUUCCUUCCCUCACCUACACACUGUGGUUUGGUAGAUUUCUACAAGGUUUGAAGGGUAAACUAAUGCUUUUACAGAUGCAUGUUUUUUUGUUUUGUUUUUAAUAGCUGGUAUCUAUUAGUGUUUUUAAGCAUUUCAAUCUUAACUGCUAUUAGCCUUUUCAUUCGGACGUUAGUUGUUACUUCUUUUGUUGUUAGUAACGGACAUAGACACUAUACACUCACUGCUGGGUCAGUUGUACUCCAUAUUAUUAUUGUUAUUGUUAUUAUUACAAUUUUGUAUUUUUGUUUUCCAUUAAUAUCAGUAUGGUAACAAACAUCUAUAGCGGGACAGCCUCCGGACAGGCUCUGUUUAAUGACGACAGCUGCGUCUCUCAAACCAUCUCGGCAUCACAGUCGAUUCGCUCGUUUCCCUCAGCGGAGCGGUGAUCCGGCUCGUGAGGAGUUGGCUUUGGGAUACGCAGCCCCGUUAAGGUUUUCUUAAGAUGUUGAUCCAUCGGUGGUACAGGAUGCUACAGCCUUCAGCGUGACUGAGCUGAGACACCAAAUUGGCACAAAUUAGUCCACAGGACCUUGUUUCCCACAAAAGGAUCUUAGCCUGAGGUAAAAUAAAACAACUUUAUUCUUGUGAAUCCUGCAACUCUUGCUGUAGUCUAAAAACUACUUGGUGGAGGACAAGCUAGCAGGCUAGGAAGCUUUCUGGAAACAAGGUAUUGUUUACGGUAAGAGCUGGUGACGACGGCUCUCAAACAAAUUUUUGACCCUUAUAAAAGUGUCUUAAAAUAAUCACACCAAGAAUUAUUUUGUACUUUCAAAGAGCAAAAAAUAACAUCACAAAAAUAGCACAAGAAAACAUUGGCGAGAUGCUAGCGAACAAAACAACACUUGGUCAGUGGUUAUCUGGAUUUAUGGUGUGCUGUCAAAGCUCUCUCAGCCCUUAGCAGUCGACUUCUUGUGUCCUGACUUGGUGUCCAGACUUUUUUUUUUUGUAUUUCAGUGCUUUCUUUUCUGAACAACAUUGUAUUGUUGCUGCGGUUAAGCUAGACUGCUGCAGUCUGAAGAAAUGAGUUUUACACUAUAAAAGAGCCUGCGCCAAGGUGGCAUACAUUCCUCCUAUCGGGAACUUUGUACAGGCCUCAUACACACUCAGUAUCUCCACUUCAACAGAGCUAAUCACCAGCCAGGGCCACUUGUCCCAGAGCUCCCUGCCAACAGAGUUGCUUGCAUCUUUUACUGGAAUAACAAGGUGUCCACAGUUGUUCUUUUUGGCCACAAUGGAACAAACAGUGCUAUAAAAAUUUUGAGGACAUUCAGAGCGUAGAACUGGGGUUUGGGGAAAAGUAGUAAAGGUACAGAAUCAUUUCAUGUCUCUGAGCUGAGGUUUACACGUGAUGAGGUUCAUAUUUGUUUGGUUUAGGUCAAUUGAUGAUGAUGAUGAUGAUGAUUACUACAUCCAUUACAGAGUUCUCCACAUGGAACAUCAGUGUUCUAGAAUGUCCACACAUUCCAUCUUCACCUAUCAGAACAGAUGUGACGCAACCCGAGCUGAUAGUAAAAGUUAUAUAACCCCAACAUUUUGAAUGACAACCCAACUGCCAGUGAAUUAAAGGGGGUGCAGAGCUUCAGGAGCUGAGCUUCUGUUAGCACAGUCUGUGAGCCAUAGGACGUUCAGCUGCCACUCAAAAGUCUUUUCACAGUGACUCCUCCUCCUCCUCUCAGAUUCAGUUGACCCUGAUUAAGAUUGGGUGUAGUUAGCAACUUGCUAGAAAACACGAGGGAAAAGGGCAUGGUGUCCAGUCAAUUGUUUUUCUAUUAUUAUUCUUUCUCAUUAUUAUUUUUCACUACCACCCUGUAGGUAGGAGGCUCUCUUUCUGCUUUGGCACACACUCCCUACACACUGUAGGAAAAUCACUUAAUAAAAAAUACUUUUUUAUAAUAGGUAACUAUAAGACCAUCAUUACGCUGUGCGUAACGAAUGUACAGAGAAAAAAAUCGUAGGUAUUUUUUGAGGAACAAUUAAUUUGUUAAUGAUAUGUAGCUAUUUAAUUGUUGUUUUUCCCUGUCCUUAUAUUGUAAUCAUUGCAUUUUCUUUUUUUGUGAAAAAAGUUGAUCUUUUUUGUUUAUAGAGUUUGUCUUGUUAGAGUAAAGGUUCAAGUGCAGGAGCACAGUAAACGUAUGAAACCACAAUAAGCCACUGGUGUGUCGGUGACAAUCGCUACUUCCAUUGGUCCCUGAUGUUCUGCAGUCGUUUAAAUUGUGUUCGAUCGUGUGACUUCUGAGACAUUUGAACAAAAGUUUUACUUAGGAGCAAAGACAGUUUGUCCUUUCAGCAGGCUCUGGAUCAGUUAGCAUGCUUUGCAUCGAUGGAACAAUGAUUUUUCCCACUAGCCCAGUGCAUCUUGUCGGCCAUUUCUUUUUAAAUGUAAAAAUUAGUCAUGGGCUAGCAGGCAGGUAAAAUUUCCAGCACUGCAUGUAAGCAAUACAAAUUGUGGGUUUUGAAAGUCUUUUGAUGACUGUCUUUGGUUUACAGAUGGGAACUGAGCAUCAAGUAAAACCAUCAGUCCAUUCAAGAACAUUUGUCAGAUUGGUUUAACUUGUCUAGCUCACUGAAAUCAUAACACUAAAGCUUAGCUGAUGAAAUCUGAAAGCAUAUCUCAAGUUCAUCUGCUUCACUGCAGAGGCAGUGAGGCCAAGAUGAGCUACGCAGCGAAUGCGCUUUGGGGAUGUCACGGUUCCCAUCUGCAGAGGCCAUUUUGCAUCUGUAAACAACAUGAAAAUUGUGCAGAUAAAUCAAAGAGGAGUUGGUCUUUACUCUGACUGUACCACAUUUUCCAGGUCCUUUUUGAAGUGGAAGUAGCAUGUACUUAGUGGUAGUAAUACUCUGAACUGUUAGAAAAAAAAAUUGUAUCAAAAAAACAACAGUCAAUUUGUGGCUCUGUGUCUCCUUCUACUAAAAAGGUUUUGGCAGGCCACCUUUUUUGUACGUAAAGUAGCCUUGAUGAACAAUAAAGUGCUUUUAAACCAC